CUCUCUCUCCAUCUAUCUAUUUAUCUUUCUCUCUCUGCCUCCUCCCAUUAUAUAUACUCCCUCAUCCUCCGCUUGGGCAGAACCCAGACACUACAGCUCAGUCUUCGAGCCAGCCUUGAUCUUGCGACCAGACCAGUCGACCUUCAACGUCAACCUCGACGUCGACAAUGGCUUCUUGGAAGAAAACCAUAAUUUCUCCCUUCAGGAAGGCCUGCACUUUCUUCAACCAGCAGCCUCCCCGGGACCACAAGAAGUCCCCCCACCACCACCCCCACCAGCAAGAGCAGGAGGACAGGGUGAUGGACCUGCAGGGGGAGGUGAUGGCGUGCGGGUACGAGGAUGUCCAGGUGAUGUGGUCGAUGCUGGACAAGUCCAGGUCCAGGUCCAGGCCCUGCACCCUCACCUCUUGAUCGUUGAGUCGUCCUCGCCGCAUGUCCCGACCGCCGUGCCUGUAGAUAUUACUGUCCGUGGUUGUGGCAUGAUAUGAAAGCAGCAGGACAUAGAAAAAGAACAGGAAGAAGCAGAGGCAGAGGAUGCCUUGGAACGCCGAAGAUGCUGAUUAAUUAAUUAGCCUAGGAUGCUUUUUUAGGUUUUUUUUUUUUGAAGGUGCUUUUUGAGGGGGUCUUUUAGGAAAAAUAGGAAUCCCCGUGAUUAAAAUGCAUAAUUUCACGGUGAGAUUUAGUUUAAGAAAAAAUCAACAAGAAGAAAAUAAUUAAUCAAAUAUGUUUUACGUCUCUAAACCAAAGUCCCUUCCUUCCUGGUUCUGUUUUCCUUGCUCUGUUCUGCCCUGUUCCUCUCCCAAGCACGUGCCAACUUCCGGAGUCAAUAUCGAUGUCUAUAUCAGACCAUUCCCAUUGAAUA